UCCUUUAUAUCCAAUUCUGUUUUGUGCAUAUCUGCGUCGGGAUGAGGUUGGUGGGGCGAGGGGUGCGUUUGUGGGAUAUGUGUAAUUUGAAGUCCUGCUGCGGAUGGUUCGAUUUGGGGGGUAGGGUUUAGGAAUUCAAGGUGGGCAGGUCGACCGGCAGCUUGUUUCGUGGUGCUACACGAAGAUUUAGUUAGUAUCAGGAUGCUCUAUUCAGAUGAAAUGGUUUUUUGUUGUAGUUUAUAACGAAUUGGGCUAGAAAUUUCACCUCCGGGCUGCUGAUAUAUGCGAUGGUUUAUGUAUAACUGAAAAGUGGUUUGAACAAUUCUUUCUCUCUCAUUUUCACUAAGAUAUGCUAGGUUUGAAACAUGAGAACUGUGACCUCAAUUGGUGAAGUAAGAAACAUGCUGUGAAUGGCAGUAAGGGUUUGAAAAUCUAGUGCUGCUAUUAUGGUUCUGGUAAGGAAGCUGCUAUUAUAUAUGGAUGAAGAGAUAGAAAACCUGUCUCAGUCCCUACGAGGAGAAAUUCCCUCAGGCAUAGUUUGCAUGUAGAAUGCAAUUCUAUGUUUACAUCGUCCUUACGAAUAUUUCUUCACGUAUCCUGCUGAGUCUGCUGAUCAAAAGUCAAUGUUUCCUAUUUAUGAAUCAGCUAGUGGUCUGCAAUCUUCACAGGGGAUCAGUACUCUAUUGUGAUUAAGAGUGCUCUGCAGCUCUUGAUAGAGUUUUCAAAGCCUGGUUUUGAAAGCAUUGAAUACCACCAUUUGAAAUGGAUUAUAUCCAUUAUGGAAAAGUGUUUUGAUUGAAAGUGUUGUUAUUCUGGCAGCUAUCAGUGUUUGAGGUGGUGGCACAUGAUUGAUGUUAGAUUUCAGGGGAGUUGUAUGUUGACAUACCUGUUCUUGUUUCCAAAGGUUGUAAUGUAUUAUAGAUUCUAGAGAGAAAGAGGAUUGCAAGUCUAAGUAGUUUAUUCUUUAUUCAAGAUUUAAAACUUAUCAUAUCCGACAGCUGAAAAUUUUAGGCUAACCAUCUAUGCCUGGCAACGAACUUGGAGAUAGGGUCCACAAUUUCUUUGCACAAGACAAUUCAUCACAGGGGCAACAUCAAACACAUGGUUUGGAAGGAAACUGGCCAGUGCCUAACAACAAUUUUUGGGUUGGCAGCCCAAGACCUGUUGGUGUGGUGAAUUCAAGCACUAAAAGUUACUCUGUGCAAAACCCAGAAAUAGAUAGAGGGCAGUCUAGCUACCCUGUUCAUGCAGCUCAUGGAUUGAAUUUUUCACAAUCAAAUCCAAGGCCUGAUUUCUCUAGAAGUCAGUCCCUAAAUGAGCAGCAAUAUUCCAACGGCCAUAUGUAUGGAAAUCAAUAUUCCCAAGGUAGGCAGAAUGAAGCAAACUUCCGGGAAUUGGAUGCAUAUUCUGAUCAAAAUAAUAUAUUAGCCUCAAGAGGCUUGCCAGUGCAUGAAUUGCAGAGAAUUAGUGGCCGCGAGCAACUACCAAAGGCUUCAGAUAGAUCAGGAUCAUCUGUCUCUUCAGUAAGUUUUGAUCUAUUUGGUGGUCAGCAGCAGAUGAACCAUCAGCAAGCAAGCCUGCUGCAGGCAUUACAGCGGCAGCAAUCUGGCCUCAAUGACAUGCACCAACUGCAGCAGCAACUCAUGAUCAGGAAAAUGGAAGAGCUUCAAAGACAGCAGCAACUUCAACAGCUGGACUCACGGCCUCAAAAUCCUAAUCAUCAGGUUCCUCAGGUUGUCAAACAGGCAUCUGGAAGCCAGUCCCCUAUGUUUCAUGGUACUCCAAAUUCUGAUGCAUUACGUAAUCCUUGGACUACUGAGCCUGGGACAAACUGGCUUGGUUGUGGUUCUGCUGCCAUGCAAGGAUCCCCUAGUGGCUUUACUUUUCUACCAAAUCUUGGACAGACGCACCAAUUAAUAGACAUGGUGAAUCUACAGGCUGAUCAAUCCCUUUACGGAGUUCCAGUAUCCAAUUCAAGGGGUUUGGGUGUGAACCAAUACUCUCCGAUGGUGACAGAGAGACCGCCAAUGGCUCAAAUGCCAACAUCUGGCAAUUCUCUGCACAGUAAUCAACACAAUUUUUUUCCUGAUAGACUUACUGAGGGGACUUCCAUAUCUCGACAAAACUUUCAAAAUAAAACUAAUGAACAUGGUUCUAGUCUGGCACUGAAUACUGGCUUAAUGGAUAUAGGAUUCCACCAGCAAGUGAACUCAUUGCAGAAUAAUGCAACACAUCAGGACCAUGCGAGGAGACAGGAGCUGUGUACUGUAUCGGAAACCUCACAAGAAAGAUAUCCAAUGCAAGUAUCUUCACCUCAGAAUGAAGUUACCCUUGAUCCUACUGAAGAAAAGAUCUUGUAUGGUUCGGAUGAUAAUAUAUGGUCUGCAUUUGGUAAGCUCCCAAGUAUAAAUGGAGAAGCAGGUAAUUUAUUCGAUAGUAGUAGUGGAAUAUCAAAUGGGAUUCCAUCCCUUAACAGUGGUAGCUGGAGUGCUCUCAUGCAGUCUGCGGUGGCUGAAACUUCUAGUGCUGAUAUAGGGCCUCAGGAGGAAUGGAGUAGUCUGAAUUAUCACAAUACGGAUGGUUCUUCAGCAACUCAGUCCCCCUUAAUUCAUAAUGGAAAUGUCAAAGAAUCACCGUUGCACAGUGACAGUGUUCGAAUACCUUCAGCAAAAGGCACUGAAUCCAUUCGCUCUUCUGACCCUCUCAGACCUAUGGGAUUGAAUCAACUUGGGCACACUCCUAGUGAGGCGGUGCCAACUGAUGUUUCUCAAAGGUUUGGGCAGUCUGUUCUGGGAACUAGCAAGUGGCUAAAUCGCAGCCAAGUCCAAAAUCAAUUAACAGGUGAGACUGAUAUACGUGGAAAUGCCUUGGAAAAAGCUGUGGGUGCUGAGAGAAAUGGAACGAAAGUUUUUGCAGAUUGGCCUCCUGGCCAGGGAGAAACUAAACCACAAUCAAAUGGAUGGAAUACUCUGGCAGCUGUACCACCUGCUGGUGAUAGAUCAUUGAAUAGUCAUAAUGCUGAGAAAGUAUCUCAAAAUCAGAACAACCAAGUGAGGGCAAUGCAGGGUCAAAUGAUGGAUGGAGAUUCUUUAUGGAAAUCCAGUCCCUUAACUAGUGCUGUUGAAUUUGGCUCCGUAAGAUCUAUGACUGGAAAUCACCAAGCAAAUAAUUCCAAAGGAAAUUUGGGUUUUCACAGUGCUGCAUAUUCAGUAGCAAACUCAUGCAAUACGGUAGCUGGUGAUGGAGCUAAUCCAUUUGCUCAGAAUAACCAUUUACUCAAUCAGUGGAAGCAUGCCUCUCCUUCAACAAAAUCCCAAGGGGGUGAAAGCUUAGGGAGAAUGAUUGAUCUGGGUAAUUAUCAGAAUCAAGGGUCAUGGAAGAGCCCCGAUCAUGGUGAAAUGAUAAAUAAUGAUAGGGAGAACUGUGCCAUGAAGGAAAAUUCUAAUGACAGUCAUCCCUCAAACUUAUCUAAUCAUGCUUCAGGUGGCCUCAGGGAAAGUGGAGCAGUUGAUGCAAUCGAUUCAAGGUCUCUAUCCUCUGGGAAGCAAAAGUCAAGCAAUCAGCUUGCUAAAAAAGGUUCUGCUCCUCGCAAAUUUCAGUAUCAUCCCAUGGGAAAUCUGGAUGAUGAUGUGGGGCCUACCCAUGACCUUAAGCAGCCUACCCAAGCGCAGGCCACUACCCUGCAGAAUGCCCAUCCUGGCCAGUUAAAUCUGUUUGGUCAGGGUGAAAUUCCAAAAGACAGUAAACACCAUGAUAAAGAGCCUUGUGGUGGUAGCUUCACUGGUUAUGCAGCUGGGACAUCUACUCUUUUUAGUCAAUCAUUUGAUUCAAGCACUAAAAAGGUUACAUCACCCAGCCAAAACAUGCUGGAGCUUCUUCACAAGGUGGAUGUAUCAUCUCAACCACCUGAAGCAGAAAACUCUGAUGGGUCUGCCGGUCACCUUCAGCGCAGCCAAUCUUCUUUCUCUAAAAGUUUUGGAUUGCAACUUGGUCCUCCAUCUCAACUAUUGCAAAUUUCAGAUCUUUCAUCACCCUCCCAGAAAGCUCAAAGCAUGGCAAAUGCAGCAUGUACCAGUCUUGUUGGCAUAGGAAUGGCAGAGAAAAGCAUGCACUUGUCAUCUUCAUUGCAAUCUAGGCAGUCCCCAAAUGAAAAAUCUCAGGUGGAAUAUGAAAACCAUGCGUCUGCAGGUCCAAGAAAUCCAGGGAAUGAUAACUCUGUCAGUAAGGGGCCAGGGAACUAUCAUUCAGCAUUUACUUCUGACACUCCAUAUAUGCAAAGUCAACUUCAGAAUAAACAAGCAACAAGGCCAAGCACAAAACCAGCUAUGAAUCAGCACAUUGACUCAUCAUUCAGCUAUUGUGCUUCACACUCAAUGGAAAGAGGUUCUGCAGAGACUGUUCUACCUGAUACCUCUGGCAACCAUCAGAAAAAUAGUCUUCCUUCGCCUGGGGGCUGUACUCAGCAAAGCGGCCCUUAUGAUGUACAAGAGAUAGGUCCAGCUGGAACUGCAUCAUCCAGGGAUCAAAUGCGCGGUUCUCCGUAUUUUGCAAUGUCAAGCUUUUCUCGACAAGGGUCUUCAAGCAAGGUCUUGAAUAACAUGUGGUCUAAUGGUCCUGCGCCUCAAAAUACUUCUGCGGCUCAGUAUCCAACAAAUUUUAAUGAGCCACCCCAGCCCAAUAUAUUGGAAUCUAGUUGUCGAGGUGAUCUUGAUGUUGGUAAAGGGGGGCAUAUUUGUAUGAAGUCUACUGCAAUGCAUGUUGACGGGCACAUGCAAAGGUUGAGGGAGAACUCUGGAGAGUUAGUCUCUGCCUCGAAAAUAGAAUUGCCUUCGGGAACUGCAUCUUCUAUUAAGAGUCACUUGGAUGAUUGUCCAGCUAACUCUGCUUCAACACAAAAGGACAUUGAAAACUUUGGCCGAUCUCUGAAACCUAAUAGCUUUUCUAAUGAAAAUUUUGCCUUACAAAACCAAAUGAGGGACCUGAAGAAUGCCGAGAGUGAUCCAAGCAUUAGGUUUUCAAAGAGAUUAAAAGGACCGGAAAAUGUUCAUGAUAUUCUUCAAUCACAUUUGGUAACGGAGAAGCAAAAUAAGGAAAAUUUUAGGAACGCAUUGGGUUCAAGUAGUGGAAUUCCUCCUGAAGAUUCUAGGGUAGUGACCUUUUCUACACCAUCUGAUAUUGUACUGAGGAACACUUCACCUCACAGAAAUGCUGCCCCAGAGGAUGUUGCUAUGAUGACUGCUCUGCAUGAUUGUACUAGCAAACCUCCUGCUGAUGCUUCUGCUGUUAGAGUUGAGCAUCAUGCGGUUAGCCCCCAGAUGGCACCAUCGUGGUUCAACCAGUAUGGAUCCUUGAAAAGUGGGCCAUUAUUGCCUAUGCAAAAUAUGCGCCAUGUCAUGUCCUCUAGACCGGAAGAACUUCCAUUUUCUCCUGGAAUGUCUUCCAUGGGUACAUCUUAUUUAGAAGAUAAAACUGUUGCUACUCCUGUUGAGGCAUAUGUCGGUGGCGCUCUUAAGAGUUCUGCUCCCACAGUCAAAGCAAAUGAGCCCUUAUUUUCUCCUCCAUCAAUGAAGAUGAAUGUUUCUGAUCAGCAUCAGGUGAUUUUGAGACCCAAGAAGCGUAAGACUGCUACUUCUGAACUUCUUUCAUGGUAUAAAGAGAUAACACAUUGUUCACAAAGUCCUUCAAUUCUCAGUUUGGUAGAAGCAAACUGGAGUAGAGCAGCAAAUCAUCUUACUGAAAAGGUUGAAGAUGAUAUCGACCUGAUUGAAGAUGGACCUCCAUUGCUUAGGUCAAAGAGAAGGCUUAUUUUGACAACACAGCUUAUGCAGCAAUUAUUUUGUCCUCCGCCAGCAACAAUUUUAUCUGCUGAUGCUAUUUCCGAAUAUGAAAGUUUGGCUUAUGCCGUAUCUAGGGUAGCACUUGGAGAUGCAUGCAGUGCGCUAUCUACCUCUUGUAAUUUGGAUUCGCCCCGUCAUGACAUGAACAUACAUGCUGCUAAGGGAAAACUUAACGGCGAUCCAUGUUUUGCGAAAGUCAUUGAAGAUCUAUCAGGAAAAGCUGGGAAGCUAGAAAAUGAUUUAUUGAGGCUGGACAAGAGUGCUUCAAUAUUGGAUUUGAGAUUGGAAUGCCAAGAUUUAGAGAAGUUUUCUGUCAUCAAUCGAUUUGCUAAGUUUCAUGGUCGGGGGCAGAAUGAUAAUGCAGUGAUAUCCACUGAUGCGACAGCAGCUACUCAAAAACCUUGUGCACAGAGAUAUAUAACUGCUGUGCCCAUGCCUAAAAGUCUUCCCGACUGGGUACAGUGUCUCUCACUAUAAUGAUUAUUGAUUUAUUUUUUGUCUGCUGAUGUGAAUUGUGUCCAGUACUUUAUUGACUGGCACUUUCACCAAGGACAGUUAAAUGGCGAAUUGCAGGAGGAUGGACAAGAAGUCUCCUCAAAUGUGUUGGUCUUUUCAAUUAGGCAUUUAUGUCAUUAUUGAGAAAUGCAAGGUUCAGUUCAUGUACCGCUCUAUGAAAUGGAAAAAAAUUGGGAUUGCCCAUCAUUUUUGCCUAGACGGGGGUAAAUGCAAAUGGAUAUAUGACACUUAGGAAGAGAAUUAUUUUAUUAUGUAUGUUCAGUAUGUAUUCUUCUUUUCCUUUCUAGGCAUUUGAUUUAUGAAAUCCCUUUUUUUCACUGCAAA